GAGCGGCUGAGCUCAGGUUCCUGUGACAAACUGACCCGGAGCGCGUUGCAUGAAACAUUUUCUACCAAAACUCUGGCAUUUCAUCUACAUUUAGUCUACUUUUUAUUUAAAGACAUGUGGACCUUUCUGGGAGUUGCAACCUUCACCUAUUUGUACAAAAAGUCCAGCGUGUUUCUGGCCCUGGCCCCCAAGCAGCUGGCUCUGGCUGCAGUGUUUCUUGCAGCCGGGCUGCUGCUCUCAUACAUCAGGUUUUUUCACGGCCACAGACUCUCACUGUCUCAUGUUGUCAGUCAGCCUUUACACUUUUUGUCCUUUUUACCCCUUUUCAACCAUUUAGUCCCACACAGUGUGACACUGGAGAGCAGCAGAGCAGACAAACUUAAAAAGAGUAAAAGAAGAAGCAGACCAGAAACAGAGACCUCUGAGGGGCCCUCAGCCUGCGGCUCCUCUGUGGCCCCAGAGCCAGAUGUGGUCAUCGUUGGGGCGGGGGUCCUGGGCUCAGCCAUGGCAGCUGUCCUGGCCAGGGAUGGGAGGAGGGUGACGGUGGUGGAGAGAGACCUGAAGGAGCCGGACAGGAUCGUUGGGGAGCUGCUGCAGCCUGGGGGGUACAGGGCCCUCAGAGAGCUGGGACUGGAAGGCUCGGUGGAGGGUCUGGAUGCUCAUCAGGUGAACGGCUACAUAAUCCACAACUUAGACAGCCAUGAAGAGGUGCAGAUCCCGUACCCCCAGGAGAAGGGAAGUGUCCAGUGUGGGUUUGCCUUCCAUCACGGACGAUUCAUCACGAGCCUGAGGAGAGCAGCCAGAGCUGAGCCCAAUGUCACAUUCAUAGAAGGCACCGUGAGCAGUCUGCAGGAGGAGGGCGGCUGCGUCACUGGAGUCCAGUACAAAGACAGAGAGACCGGAGACACGAAGGUGAUCCACGCCGCUCUCACUGUGGUGGCCGACGGCUGCUUCUCCAAAUUCAGAAAGAGUCUGGUCUCCGGGAAAGCUCGCACCUCCUCGCACUUCGUUGGAUUCCUCAUGAAGGACUGUCCCCAGUUUAAGGCCAACCAUGCCGAGCUGGUUCUGGCCAACCCCAGUCCAGUGCUCAUCUACCAGAUCUCUUCAUCUGAAACCAGAGUCCUCGUCGACAUCAGAGGGGAGAUGCCUCGUAAUCUUCCUGAGUACUUGGCUGAGAAAAUUUACCCGCAGAUGCCAGAGCACUUCAAGGAUCCGUUCAUGGUGGCCGUGCAGAAUGACCGACUCAGAACCAUGCCUGCCAGCUUCCUCCCUCCCUCCCCGGUCAACAAGCCAGGUGUGCUGCUGCUGGGCGAUGCCUACAACAUGAGGCAUCCUCUGACGGGGGGAGGGAUGAGCGUCGCUCUGAACGAUGUUUGCAUCUGGAGGCGUCUUCUCCGGAACAUUCCAGAUCUGUACGACGACGCAGCUUUGUCCCAGGCAAAGAAAAAAUUCCACUGGGAACGCAAGUCAUCACAUUCUUUUGUGGUGAACGUGUUGGCCCAGGCUCUGUACGAGCUGUUUUCAGCCUCCGACAAUUAUCUUCAUGAACUCAGAGCUGCCUGCUUCCAGUACUUUAAGCUCGGAGGACAGUGUGUCACCGGGCCAAUUGGACUCCUCUCAGUGCUAACACCCAAACCCAUGACCCUGAUUGGACACUUUUUUGCUGUGGCGCUGUACGCAACCUACUUCAAAUUUAAGUCCGAGUCCUGGAGCACCAAACCCCGAGCUUUAUUUAAAAGUGGAGCCAUCUUGUACCGGGCCUGCAAAGUCAUUUUCCCACUCGUUUACUCCGAACUCAAAUACUUGGUGUACUAG